AUGGCAGGAGGAUCAGGCCGACCCUCCGCAGGCGCUAGUGGGGGUACAAGCAGCGUGAAUGCUAGUUCACGCGCUUCGCCUGCCACGGGCGCGACAGCUUCCGGAAAGAUAAAGACUGCGCAAGUCAACUCCAACGGUUACCACCCAACCACCUCUCAGGCCCGCCUGAGUUCGAUGAAGAGCGCCCCAUUAGAUCUGUCAACUGUGGAGCGGCGAGGCCGGCUCGCGACAACCCGCCCGCCACCUAAGAAGAACCGCCUGCAUGGUCUGCAGGAUGCACCAACGUACUACCCGACCGACGAGGAGUGGAAAGACCCAAUGGAGUACAUGAAGAAAAUAUCCCCCGAAGCGAGGCAAUACGGUAUCUGUAAAAUUAUACCCCCUGAUUCCUGGAAUCCGGAUUUUGCAAUCGAUACAGAGAAAUUUCACUUUAGAACUAGAAAACAAGAGUUGAAUUCCGUGGAAGGAAGUACUCGCGCGAACUUGACCUACACAGACGGACUGUACAAGUUUCACAAGCAACAAGGCAAUAACCCUAGUCGUGUCCCUUAUGUCGACAAGAAGCCUCUCGACCUGUACCGCCUCAAGAAGGCCGUGGAGGCGCGUGGUGGUUUCGAUAAAGUGUGCAAGCACAAAAAAUGGGCGGAAAUUGGGCGAGACCUCGGCUAUAGUGGCAAGAUUAUGUCGUCUUUGUCCACCUCUUUAAAGAACUCGUAUCAAAAGUGGCUUUGCCCGUACGAGGACUUUUUACGCGUGGCCAAGCCUGGCGUUCAUCAUCAGCUCGAACUCGAAUACGGCGGUCCUUUUACUCCCAGCCCGGCUCCAACCCCCGCGAAAAAUUCUCAGGUGAACACGCCGUCCGGCGCUAGAGGCAACUCUCCCGCUCGCCAGGCUACCGAUGCUCUUCAGGCUACUAUCAAUGGUGUCAAGAAGGAGGGCGACGGUGAUGCCACCAUGACCGAUGCUCCUGAGGCACCGCAGCCUGCGUCGUCUUCUGGGGGGUUUACCGCUAUCAACUCGGGUGGCGGUUUCACUGCCGUGAAUUCCGGUGGCGGCUUUACUAGCUUCAACAAGCCAAAUGUUUCCGCCCCGCAAUCUAGAGCGCCGACACCCCAGAAGCAAUUCGGCAGUCCCCUCACCACAACAUCAAAAAAUACACCGGAGCAUCGAUCUUCAGCUGUUUCCCAAGGUACUUCCUUGAAGCGACAGCUCAGCUGCGACAGCGCCGACUCCUUGAGAAAGUCCCACGCCGCCGCCGGUGUCGACCAGGAGGAAGCAGAUAGCGGUAGUCGAAGAAGCAAGAGGUUAAAGAAGGAAGCGGUGCCCACAGUCGCUGGUUCCCAUAUGUCUCAGUUCAGGCCAUCAGUCCCCCGGGUACCAAGAGAGGAACCGGCGUGCUCUUCCGCCCCAAAGUGCGAUCAGUGUGGCAAGUUUGAAGAGAAGGCCGGGCUUCUUACUUGUGAAACCUGCGACCACUCCUAUCACGACGGUUGCCUUGACCCUCCCGUUAAGCAAAAGCCCGAAUCAGGUUGGAACUGUCCUCGCUGUCUCGUAGGCGACGGUCAAUUCGGAUUUGAAGAGGGCGGGCUCUAUUCCCUGCGGCAAUUCCAGCAGAAGGCUGCCGAUUUCAAAGCCGGCUAUUUCGAGAAGAAAAUUCCUCUCGACUCGAGCACGAAUGGCCCCAAGCCUAUCACCGAGGACGAUGUUGAACGGGAGUUCUGGAGAUUGGUUACCGAUAUUGAAGAGACCGUCGAAGUUGAGUACGGUGCUGAUAUCCACUGUACGACGCACGGUUCAGGUUUCCCGACAAUUGAGAAGUAUCCCAACAACCCUUACUCUCUCGAUCCCUGGAAUCUCAAUCUUCUACCCCUUCAUCCCGACAGUCUCUUCCGCCAUAUCAAAUCCGAUAUCUCCGGAAUGACGGUUCCCUGGGUCUACGUGGGCAUGAUUUUCUCCACUUUCUGCUGGCAUAACGAGGAUCACUACUCCUACUCCGCGAAUUACCAGCACUUUGGCGAUACCAAGACCUGGUAUGGUAUUCCCGGAGACGACGCGGAAAGGUUUGAGGCGGCGAUGAGAGAGGCUGUGCCUGAGCUGUUCGAGACGCAACCCGACCUUCUCUUCCAGUUGGUGACUCUUUUGACACCGGAGCAACUUAAGAAGGCCGGUGUGAGGGUGUAUGCGGUCGACCAGCGAGCAGGCGAGCUCGUAAUUACAUUCCCUCAAGCUUACCAUGCUGGUUUCAACCACGGCUUCAACUUUAACGAAGCCGUCAACUUUGCGCCUUGCGACUGGGAGCCAUUCGGCCUUGCUGGGGUGGAGAGGUUGCAGCUCUUCCGACGCCAACCCUGUUUCUCACACGAUGAGCUGCUCUGGACUGCAGCAGAGGGUACGACAAGUGGGGCUCUGACCAUCCAGACGGCGAAAUGGUUGGCUCCGGCCCUUGACCGACUCCACCAAAGGGAAAAGUCGCACCGUGAGGCGUUCAUGGCCAAACACCAGGAGAUGAGAGUCCGGGGUGGGGAAGGGAACAGGGAUUCAUCUGACCCACUCGAAUGCGUUGUGGAUGACACCGACGUCGCCGAAGAGGAAUACCAGUGCGCCUAUUGCAAAGCCUUCACUUACCUAUCGAGGUUUAAGUGCAACAAGACGGGCAAGACCCUGUGCCUUCUCCACGCCGGAUACCAUGCUUGCUGCGAUGCGACCGAAGUACAGCGGUUCAAUGGGAAGGGCCAUGUUCUCAUAUAUAGGAAGACUGAAGAGGACAUGGAUACUGUUUACCACAAAGUUGCCGAGAAGGCUCGUACGCCGGAAGCCUGGGAAGAGAAGUACGAGAAGCUCCUCGAUGAGGAGGCUGUUCCCGCGCUGAAGACUUUGAAGGCACUGUUGCAUGAGGGUGAGAAGAUUCCCUACGAUCUUCCGUCUUUGCCUCUUCUGCGCGAGUUUGUUGAUCGCUGCAAUGAGUGGGUAGAUGAGGCUAUGAACUACACUAUCCGCAAACAGCAAAACCGCCGAAAGAACGACAAGACCUGGCAGAGUGGCAAGAGGAAGUCUAUUGGCGGGUCAUCGCCCGAGCAAAAGGACAAGGAUCGCGAUGUUUCCAACAUCUACCGCCUGCUCCAGGAGGCUGAGCAGAUUGGGUUCGACUGUCCCGAGAUUCUUCAGCUUCAAGAACGUGCCGACGCUAUCGAGCAAUUCCAGAAGAAUGCGCAGCGUGCGCUCGAGCACGUGCAGUCCCAAGGCGUUCAAGAAAUUGAAGACCUACUUGAGGAGGGCCGUAACUAUAAUGUCGACAUGGAAGAAGUUGACAGACUUUCCCGGGUUCUGGAUCAACUGAAGUGGAAUGAAAAGGCGCUUGCUAGCCGAAGCCUCUUCAUGACCCUCAACGAUGUAGAGAAGCUCAUUGAAGAGGGAAAGAGGCUCGAAAUUCCUCCCUAUAACGAUUACUUGACGUAUUACACGGAGAAAAUGCUUGCGGGCCAGCAGUGGGAGAAGAAAGCGCGAGAACUAAUUGCUGCGGAAAUUAUCCACUAUCCCCAGCUCGAGGCCCUUUCGACUCAGGUUCAGGUUAACGUGAUCCCAGUUACGAAACAGACGCUAGCCCGUGUCGAGCAGAUCUUGUCGAAGCAGCGCGACGCCCACCGACAAAUUCUCGAUCUCACGCAAAGGUCCCGCAAUCCCGACUUCCGAGGUCGCCCCAAGUACGGUGAGGUGUGCGACAUCAUGAAGCGUCUCGAAGAGCUCAACUCUAAGCCGAGUGGAACGUCGGAUCUGGAGAGGGAGCAGAAGAGGCAUGAAGACUGGAUGCGCCAGGGCAAGAAGCUGUUCGGAAAGUCGAAUGCGCCGCUUCAUAUCCUGAAAAGCCACCUCGACUACGUAUUGGGCCGCAACCUUGACUGCUUUGAUAUUGUCCACGAUAAGCCCCGGGAUCCCGCCGAGCCUGCGUCGAGGGAGCCGAGUCCCGCCACGAAGCAGAAGCGUUGGGAGGAUCCGGAUAGGGAAGUAUUCUGCUUGUGCCGUCGUGUUGAAGCGGGGAUGAUGAUUGAAUGCGGCAUCUGUCAUGAAUGGUACCAUGGGAAAUGUCUCAAGAUUGCUCGAGGCAAAGUCAAGGACGACGAUAAGGCACCCUGGACUUGUCCAAUCUGUGACCAUCGGGUCCGCAUUCCCCGCGAUGCCGCGCGGCCGAGGCUCGAGGAUCUAAUUGCCUGGUUCGACGAGAUCCCUAACCUUCCCUUCCAGCCAGAGGAGGAGGAAGUCCUCAGAAAAAUCAUCGACAAUGCACAGGCAUUCCGGGAUCACAUCGCUCCCUACAUCAACCCCGUGCUUUCAUCGCAAGCCGAGGCGGAAACGCAGCGCUUCUACCUGCGUAAACUAGAGGGUGCCGAAGUAUUCCUCGUUUCAGAGACAAAUUUCUUCCGUCAAGAGCUUUACAAGUGGUGCCAUAUCGCUGAAGAACCACCGCCGCUUUUCCAGGAAUCCAAGAGUACGCGUAAGCCGCGACCGACGAAAUUACAGAAGCUCAUGGCUCAGCACGGCGUUGAUGAUCCCGAUGAUCUACCGGAAGAUGUCAAGGGCAAGGCGAACAGUUUACGGCGAAAAGCGCGAUACUAUGCGACUCGCGAAGGCGGCCAGGGAUCUCCUCCAGCAAACCACGCGCAAGGAAUGUCCGAACUUGGUACCCCGCACCACCGGGAUAGCCAUCUGUUUGGAACGGGAGCUGGCGGCUCUCCUCUAGAACGGCCAGGCCUUGUAAACCCGCGGCCCCAUGAAGGCCACUCGGUGAUCGCUCGCCCCCUCGGUGAACCAGUCAGAGGCGAACCCAUGAACAUAGACGGCGGCGGCGGCUUGAUGCACUCGUUAAUGCCGGGCGGCCCACGUGUGCUAGUGGACGAGCAGAAUCCUUCUCUCGAAGAUAGGCUUCUUCGAGGCCACUUAGAUGGGGUUAAUCUACAUUCGGAUGCGGUGAAGAGUAAGGCUCUGGACGUGUUCCGGCGUACGGAUUGGGGCCUGAGGAAAGCUGAGGAGGUUUACGGCCCCGAUGUGUGGAGGCGUGAGGGCGGCUUCUUCAGCGGCCGCGGUGGUAAUGUUAACGUCGUCGGGCCGUCCACCGAGCACCAGGACCCGCGAGAGGUCGACAAGAUGUUCGUUGACCUUACGAACCAGGACGAUGAGGAUAGGAGGAGUAAAGCGACCAGUGGCGAUCCGCGCGUCACUGCCGAUUCUCUGGAGAGGGAGCGGAAUGGCAUGGAUGCGUUGCUCGACGGCGCUUGA